AUGUCGUUCAAGAUGAUGGUGCGCGUUGGCGUGCCGCUGGUCCUCGGGUCUACCGGCUACGCCGCCUCGCGCGUCAACUGGCAAAAGGCCGUCCGCGCCUUUCUCACCGGCCCCGGACGCAGCUCGCGCAUCCUUCUCCUCAUCUUUGUGCUGUUCAACAUGAAGAACAUGCCGUUUGUCUGGACAUACCGCAUCUUUUACCCCAUCAUCCACCACAACCUCAUCCGUCCCGCGCCGGAGCUCGGCCCGCGCGCCCUCUACCGACACGUCAUCACGCGCACGCGCGCGCCGCUGCUCGAGAUUGACUACAACCUGCACAAGUCCAACUCGACCUACUUCGCCGACCUCGACGCCUCGCGCACCCAGCUCGUCGCCUACCUGUGCCGCCCCGGCCUCGCCCGCCUCGCCUCCAACCCGCGCCACCACGUCGUCCUCGACCCGCAGACCGGCCGCCCCGCGCGCGGCGCUCUCGGCAUCAUGCUCGGCUCCGUGUCGUGCAGCUUCCGGCGGGAGAUUGGCGCGUACCGGCCCUACGAGCUGUGGAGCCGGGUGCUCUGCUGGGACCGCAAGUGGGCGUACAUCGUGACGCACUUCGUGCCGGCGGGCGCGGCGCGGCCGACGGAGUGGCUGGACCCGGGGUUCGCGGGGUGCCGCGUGCGCCGCGGGACGGACGCGUCGGGCGGCUGGGAGACGCGGAUGCACGCGACGGCGAUCAGCAAGUACGUGUUCAAGCUGGGGAGGCUGACGGUGCACCCGGCGGUGGUGCUGGAGGCGAGCGGUCUGCUGCCGGCGCGGCCCGGUGGGUGGACGGGCGGCGAGAACGGGCUGGGCGACGAGGAGGUCGGCCUGGGGAAUGUAGACCUCGAGGUGGACGGCGAGUGGACGUGGCAGCGCGUGGAGGCGUCGCGCCGGCAGGGCAUGAAGACGGCCCGGCACGUCCAGGAGCUCGAGGCGCUGCACGGCACGUUUGACGGCGGCACCAACGGCGCCAUCGCGGUGUACUGA